GUAGAAGAAGAGCUUUUUUGAAUUCGUUCCUGGAGGCUGACGCUUUUCGGAGUCCCUGGUUCUCUUCUCGGUUCACCGUGAGUCUCUGUUAGCUGCUGUACCAUGCUAUCUUGCAAUAUAUGUGGUGAAACAGUAACCUCAGAACCAGACAUGAAGGCUCACCUAAUUGUUCACAUGGAAAAUGAAGUUACAUGUCCAUUUUGCAAGUUGUCAGGUGUGAAUUACGAUGAAAUGUGUUUUCAUAUUGAAACUGCUCAUUUUGAGCAAAAUGAACUAGAAAAAAACUUUGAGAGGAUUAAUACAGUACAGUAUGGAACUUCCAAUAGCAGGAAGGACAGCACCCUACAGUGUAGAAUGGAAGUUAAUUCAAGUAUUCAUUCAGCUUGUGCAUCUAAUCAUCCGAAAAUUUCAGCUCAAGACCCGCCUAACAAUGGUAUUUUAAAACAUAAAGGCUUUUAUUCAGAUAACUUAACUGAAUCUAGAAAAUUCCUGAAAAGUAAGGAAAAACAGUCUGACCGAACCAAAAUUAAAGGAUCAAUUUAUGAAGCAAUGUAUAGUCCUCCUGAAUGUCCAUUCUGUGGAAAAAUAGAAGGUUGUAGUCAAGAUAUGGAAACUCAUGUGAAAACAGAGCAUGCCGAUCUUUUAGACACUCCAUUAGAAGAUUGUAAUCAACCACUCUAUGACUGCCCUAUGUGUGGGCUCAUCUGUACAAAUUACCAUAUUCUCCAAGAACAUGUUGACUUGCAUUUGGAAGAAAGCAGCUUUGGACAAGGUACGGAUGGAGUCCAGUGUUCUAGAGAUCUGGAAUUGGCCCAACAGCUUCAACAAGAAGAAGACAGAAAGAGGAGAUCUGAAGAAUCAAGACAAGAAAUGGAAGAAUUUCAGAACCUGCAGAGACAAUAUGGUUUAAAUAAUUCUGGAGGGUACAAACAACAGCAGCUACGAAAUAUGGAGAUAGAAGUAAAUAGGGGAAGAAUGCAUCCAUCUGAAUUUCAUAGAAGAAAAGCUGAUAUGAUGGAAUCACUAGCUAUUGGUAUUGAUGAUGGAAAAACAAAAACUUCUGGAAUUAUGGAAGCACUUUAUAGGUAUUAUCAGAAUGCUGCCACAGAUGUGAGGCGUGUGUGGCUUUCUACAGUAGUGGAUCACUUUCAUUCAUCUUUUGGUGACAAAGGUUGGGGUUGUGGUUACAGAAAUUUCCAAAUGCUGCUUUCAUCAUUAUUGCAAAAUGAUGCUUAUGAUGAUUGCUUGAAAGGUAUGUCGGUUCCUUGCAUUCCAAAAAUUCAGUCUAUGAUUGAAGAUGCAUGGAAGGAAGGUUUUGAUCCCCAGGGUGCCUCUCAACUUAAUAACAGGUUACAGGGAACAAAGGCCUGGAUUGGAGCAUGUGAAGUAUAUACACUUCUGACCUCCCUAAGGAUAAAGUGUCGUAUUGUUGACUUUCACAAGUCAACUGGCCCUUUGGGUACACACCCUCGCUUAUUCGAAUGGAUAUUGAGCUACUAUUCUUCAGAGAGAGAAGGGAGUCCAAAAGUACUGUGUACAUCUAAACCUCCUAUCUAUCUUCAGCAUCAAGGUCAUAGUCAAACAGUUGUUGGAAUUGAAGAGAGAAAAAACCGAACAUUAUGUUUACUAGUAUUUGAUCCUGGAUGUCCUUCUCGAGAAAUGCAGAAACUCUUAAAACAAGACAUGGAAGCUAGCAGCGUCAAGCAACUUCGGAAAUUUGUGGGGAAUUUAAAACAUAAACAGUACCAGAUAGUGGCAGUAGAGGGUGUUCUUUCUUCAGAGGAGAAAAUUGCCAGGAGACAAGCUUCUCAAGUCUUUACAGCCGAGAAGAUCCCUUGAAGAAGUAAGCAUUUCAGUGAUUGUGGAAUUUUACUUUAUUUUCCAAAUUCAGAUAUUAAACUUCUAAUACAACAUACGAAUUAUCUAAAUACUCCAUUUAUAAUUUAAUUUCUAAAAUUCUAAAUUCUACCUUUAGUACUCCAUUGUUUAGUAGUUAUUC